CCCGGGCCUCGCCUCUCCUGGCCGCCCCCACCGUGCCGGAGCCUCCUCCUCCCUCCCUUCUCCAACCCAUCCUCCUCACCUACCAGGCUACCAUCCCCACACGCCCGAGCCAAAACCUCCACGCGCGCGCGAGGACCAAGGGUGGUCCGCCCUGAUCUGCGAGAUGUGGCGCAGCUGCGUGUCGCGGGGCCUCCGCAAGGCCCAGGCCGCCGCCUCGGCCUCCAGGCUCUUCUCCACGAGCUCGUCCUACACGGUGGUGGAUCACACCUACGAUGCUGUUGUGGUGGGAGCUGGAGGUGCGGGGCUCAGGGCAGCCAUUGGCCUCUCGGAGCAUGGGUUCAACACUGCCUGCAUUACCAAGCUCUUCCCCACGCGGUCACAUACUGUGGCAGCUCAGGGAGGUAUAAAUGCUGCUCUUGGCAACAUGACCGAAGAUGACUGGAGAUGGCAUAUGUAUGACACAGUCAAAGGAAGUGACUGGUUGGGCGACCAAGAUUCUAUUCAGUAUAUGUGCAGAGAGGCACCAAAAGCUGUUAUAGAACUUGAGAACUACGGCUUACCAUUUUCCAGAACUGAAGAUGGAAAAAUUUAUCAACGCGCUUUUGGUGGCCAAAGCUUAGAUUUUGGAAAAGGUGGGCAGGCCUAUCGGUGUGCAUGUGCAGCUGAUAGAACAGGGCAUGCUAUGCUACACACACUUUAUGGUCAAGCAAUGAAGCACAACACUCAGUUUUUUGUUGAAUAUUUUGCACUGGACCUUCUCAUGGACAAUGAAGGCACCUGCCAAGGGGUAAUUGCACUAAACAUGGAGGAUGGUACCCUUCAUCGUUUCCGUGCUUCAAAUACAAUUCUUGCCACCGGAGGUUAUGGUAGAGCCUACUUCUCAGCAACUUCAGCUCACACAUGUACUGGUGAUGGCAACGCUAUGGUUGCACGUGCCGGAUUACCCCUUCAGGAUCUUGAGUUUGUGCAGUUCCAUCCUACAGGCAUUUAUGGCGCUGGAUGCCUGAUAACAGAAGGUUCUCGAGGUGAAGGUGGCAUUCUUAGGAACAGUGAAGGUGAGAGGUUUAUGGAACGAUAUGCUCCAACUGCUAAAGAUCUUGCAUCUCGUGAUGUUGUUUCGAGAUCAAUGACGAUGGAAAUUAGGGAGGGACGUGGUGUGGGACCACUGAAGGACCAUAUCUACCUACACCUCAACCAUCUUCCUCCAGAAGUUCUCAAGGAAAGACUUCCUGGUAUAUCUGAAACUGCUGCGAUUUUUGCUGGUGUUGAUGUUACCAAAGAGCCCAUUCCUGUUUUGCCUACUGUGCACUAUAACAUGGGUGGUAUCCCAACAAAUUAUCAUGGGGAGGUGGUGCAUAUAAAGGGUGAUAACCCUGAUACUGUUGUUCCUGGUCUGAUGGCUGCUGGGGAAGCUGCUUGUGCAUCCGUCCAUGGUGCUAACCGGCUUGGUGCAAAUUCACUUCUUGAUAUAGUUGUAUUUGGGAGAGCUUGUGCAAACAGGGUUGCUGAGAUAUCCAAACCAGGAGAGAAGCAGAAGCCUCUUGAAAAAGGUGUCGGAGAGAAGACUAUUGCUUGGUUGGAUAAGCUGAGGAAUGCAAAUGGAUCGUUGCCUACUUCAAAGAUUCGUCUCAACAUGCAACGUGUUAUGCAAAACAAUGCUGCGGUUUUCCGUACACAGGAAACUCUCAAGGAAGGCUGCGGACUGAUCAGCAAAGCAUGGGAGAGUUUCCAUGAUGUCAAGAUCAGUGACAGAAGUCUAAUAUGGAACUCAGACUUGAUAGAGACCAUAGAGUUAGAAAACCUGCUGAUAAAUGCAUGCAUAACCAUGCAUUCAGCAGAGGCUCGCAAAGAGAGCAGAGGAGCUCAUGCUCGUGAAGAUUUUACGACAAGAGAUGAUGAGAACUGGAUGAAGCACUCACUAGGGUAUUGGGAGAACGAGAAGGUUAGACUAGCAUACAGGCCAGUUCACAUGAAUACCCUGGAUGACGAAGUUCAAUCUUUCCCACCAAAAGCACGAGUUUACUGAUCUAUUCUACAUGGCUGCUAAUGAUAUCGCUCGUCUCAGAAAGAUAUACCUCACAACAGAUUGAUUUUUGUCCUUCAGAUUUCCGAAUCUCAAAUAAACUAGGUACCCUCUAAUCUCUCCGAUCAAAAGAACUGUAUGUAAUUGCCAACUCUGGAGAGAUUCUCCCUGAUGCUUGUUACCUUUAUGGGAGAAAUAAAGAAAACGUGUAGGUGCACCUAUGAUGGCGUACUAUGGUACAAUGAAACAGUUCGAAUGAACAAAAGGUGCACAAACAACUACGGAGUCAGAUAACUUUUUUAAUAUGCUGAAUCAGAUAGCUAUAGAAGCUCAUGAUCAGAAA